GAUUAAUAUUGGGUGAGCGAAAUAAAGGCCAUAUAGAGACCUACCUCGGUACUACUCCAAAUUAUUGUUAAUAUUAGAAUCAAGUAAAUCAUUAAAAAUAUUCUCAAGUUCGUUUCAGUAGUAGAACAGAGCAAAGCCAUUAAUGAUAUACGAAUAAUAUAGCAACAAUGGCAAAGGUUCCUGAUCUCAACAUACCCGCUUCGACAUCUACCGUCAAUGUCUCCAUCUUGAAUACUAGUGGUACAAUCCGCGGUCUCAGCCCUUCCUUCUUCUUCGGGCCCAAAAUCGAAGGCCAUGAAUAUCUCGCGGGGCCUUGUUAUGCCUUCUUGAUUCAGCAUCCAGUUUCGAAACGGACCCUCGUGUUCGACCUCGGUAUUAGGAAGGACCUUGAAAAUCUGCCAGCGGCAACACGAGAAAAUUUCGAGACUAUGGGGGUUACCGUAACAGUACCGAAGCACGUCCGCGAAAUACUUGAUGAGCAAGGAGUCGAUACUAAAAGUAUCGAAGCUGUAAUUUGGUCCCAUUCGCACUUCGACCACACGGGAAACCCGUCCACGUUCGAGCCAAGCACUACGCUGAUCGUCGGUCCCGGAACCAAGAAAGCUGUCUUCCCAGGAUACCCGGCUGACCCAAACUCCCCGUAUCUCCUCGAGUCCGACUAUGCGGGCCGCGAGGUGAAAGAGCUCGACUUUUCCAACUCGAAUAUAAAGGUUGGGAAGUUCUCGGCCAUCGACUAUUUUGGCGAUGGUUCAUUCUACUUCCUCGAUACUCCAGGACAUUGCAUCGGCCACAUUUGUGGCUUCGCACGCGUGACCAGCAACCCGGAUAGCUUCAUCCUAAUGGGUGGAGACGGAGUGCAUCACGACGGCGAGCUGCGACCCAGCCACUGGCACCCCUUGCCGGAUUCCAUCUCGCCACACCCGUUCAGUCCCGUGACUGCAGCACCAUGUCCCGGCGAACUAUUCCACAAAGUUCUUCGUGAAGGUAAAGAUGAGCCGUUCUACCUCCCAGCAGAGGGUUCAUUCCACGAAGAUGCGUCAUUGGCGACAGAGACGAUCAAGGGGCUACAAGAGUUCGAUGCGCACGAGGACAUCUUUUUCGUCCCGGCUCACGACCAGUUUCUGCUUGGCGUGAUAGACUUCUUCCCGAAGCCUGCUAACAAUUUCUUGGAGAAGGACUGGGUAAAGAAGUCCAGAUGGUUAUUCCUGGCGGACUUCGCUAAAGCCGUGGGACAUGAGGGUAAGAUAGAGAGUACUGGAGAUUAUACUCCGCUUCCUAAGAAUGAAUAGGGAGGAUUCGUCAAUAUAUUAUAGGGGAUCAUACGAAGGUUCUAAGGUAUUAAUACAUAAAUAAAAGUAGCUUUAUUGACUGAACUACCCGUUUGCACAGAUUUUACAGACAUGGAGGAGAUAAGCUUACCCCUUUAUAAAGUAGAAACCGUUCGGGAUCUGAGUCACCGGUCUACUCAGGCACUCACGCAGCCACACUAAAUACACGAUUUGUAAUGCGGAAAUUUAUAUACGUAAGACUAUUGCGAU